GGGGGCGGAGCCGCCAGAGGAGGCUUCCGGCCGGGGAGCAGCGGUGGGCAGGGGCCGCUUCAGGCUGGAGGGAUGUUGUCCGGUUUGGGGAUCGGGAUGCCCGUGAGGUUUGACCCGGAUAAAGAGAGUCCCUUACACGGAUGCAGCGGCUCUGACGCGGACUCAGACUCGGGUGAUGAGGAGGAGCAGUCGGGCCCGCUGGGGGACACCCGGAGGAGCGGCGGAGUCAAGCGGGAGAGAGCAGAGAUGGAAGCGGCGCUGGGGGCGCAGGAGGCCGGCUUACCCGCCGCAGGGUUCGGGGUGCUGGCCGGAGGAGUGGCCGGAGCAAAACCGGGCAAGAAGACCCGGGGGAGAGUCAAGAUAAAGAUGGAGUUUAUAGACAACAAACUGCGGAGAUACACCACCUUCAGCAAGAGGAAAACCGGCAUCAUGAAGAAGGCGUACGAGCUGUCCACGCUGACGGGCACUCAGGUGCUGCUGCUGGUGGCCAGUGAGACGGGUCACGUGUACACCUUCGCCACGCGUAAGCUGCAGCCGAUGAUCACCAGCGAGACGGGCAAAGCUCUGAUCCAGACCUGCCUCAACUCUCCAGACUCGCCCCCCCGCUCCGACUGCAGCGACCAGCGCAUGAGCGCCAGCGGAUACGAGGAGACCGAGCUCACCUAUCAGGUGUCUGAGAGCGAGAGUCUGGGGGAGGGGAAGGACUCCCUGAAGCCGGUGUUCACCGUGUCUAGUCUGCCGGGCAGCACCAGCGCUCCACCCGUCACGCCCACCUCCUUGCUGCCCAGCGCAUUCACAGCGACCGCUGCAAAUUACAAUUUUAGGCUUGAGACUUUCUCU